UCAUGUACAGUAUGACAGUAAAUUAAUGUUUAAGUAUGCAGCUAUUUGAUGCUUUACCAGCUUUACCGCUGCUUAGAGAGUAGGCUUGCAUUUCACAGUUGCCAAUUUAGGGGAGAGACACUCACACAUAUAUUUGCACUAGAUGACACAAGAUGGACACCUGAGGAAUGGAAGACACCCGUUUGGCUAUACAUGCAUAUGGGGAAGUACCAGAAGUAAAUAAGUCUCCAUUACUGCGGUGGUGUUUCCCUACAGUAUGUUUGAAUGCAAGGUGUCCUAGGAAGUAUAUUAGUAUAUAAGUAUAUUUUAUACAUAUAUUUUAUAUUAUUUACUGUUACAAGUAAAGUGUGAUGUUUUGUUUAGCCUCUGCCCUAUUCUGUGUGGAAAUCAUGAAGAACCUGUACAGUUAUCAGCAGAUCUAACAGUAGUAGCGGACUUAAGCUUUGUAAAAAAUCUGAAUGUGAAACACACAGGCCGUUACUUCAUGAGUGCCUCUGUAUGUAAUGUAAUGUAUUUUCUUCUUGUUCUAAAAGACAAGCUAGAGACUUGUCAAUGAAAUGUCUUUCAGUGAAAUAAAGACAAGUCUCUUACUCUGAAAUAUAAUUCCUUACUUGUUUUAAACUUGAACAAGUGUGUGUGUGUAUAUGCUGUUGAAUAUUGGAGGCCCGAGUAUCAAACCCCUGCACCUGCUUGUAUUUAUGUCUUAAAAACAUAGCUCCAGACAAUCUGUCCCAAUUUACCACUUUUUUAGUUUGUCUUUAGGAAUAACUGUUUUGUAGCUGGUUUAUUUGAAUUUUAUUUGUCAUUUAUUUGUUUUAAUUUUACAGAACUGCAUGAUGCUUUACUUGAAGAAGAGGCUGUCUAAAUCUGGGCUCACUCCUUUCAGUGUUUUGAUUUUUUAUCACAUUGCUGUUCUACUUCUCCUAACACACUGCUGUGGAGGUCAGUUUCAGGUAGUUGGUCCAUUACAGCCAGUAAUUGUAAAGCUUGGUGAAGACGUUAUUUUGCCAUGCCAUCUGAAGCCGGCUGAAGAUGCUGCUGGUAUGACGUUUGAGUGGGCGAGACCUGACCUGAACCCCAGAUUUGUUCAUGUGUGGCAUGAACGUCAAGACCUUCAUGUUAACCAGCAUCCGUCCUACAAAGGAAGAACAUCAGUGUCCAUCAACGGACUGAAGCAGGGAGACAUUUCACUGGCACUCUCCAAAGUCAAAAUCUCUGAUAAUGGAAUAUACAGAUGUUACUUUCCAGAUGUGGAAAAAGCCUCUACUGUUCAUCUUAUUAUUGGGACUGCUUCCUUUCCGGCCAUCGGUUUAGCAGGGAUUGACAGAUCCUCCAGUGGAGUAGUUUUACAGUGUGAGUCUAAAGGCUGGUAUCCAGAGCCUGAGGUGGUCUGGCUGGACGGUGAGGGAAACCUCCUCUCUGCUGGACCUACAGAGACAGUCAGAGGUCCUGAUGACCUCUAUACUGUCAGCAGCAGAGUGACUGUGGAGAAGAGACACAGCAACAGCUUCACCUGUAGAGUCCAACAGAAGAAGACCAACCAGACCAAAGAGACACACAUUGAUGUUCCAGAUGAUUUCUUCGUGGCCCCGGCCAGUUCUGCUGCUUGUAUCAGCAUCAGUUUGGUUGCUUGCUUCACAUGUGUUCUUGCAGUUGUCUUUGCUGUAUGGAAAUGGAGGCAAAACAAAACCAAAACCUGUAUGACUGCACUAAGAGAAAAGGAGCAGCUUAUGGCAGAGAGUAAGAAAGUAAAGGACACUGAGAAGAAAAUGAAAGAAGAAUUAAGGAGGAAAGAGGAACAACAUAAAGACAUGGUUGCUACACUGAUGACACAGAAGAAGGAACUGGAGAAACAGAGAGAUCGACUGAAGGAGCAAAAGGUGAAGGUAGAGGAACAGGUGGAGGAAAACGAGAAGAAACUUCAGUCAAUGGAGAAAGAUACAGAGAAGGAUGAAAAUAAAAGACUCACCAGUGCACCAGCAUACCGAAAUCUGAAAGAAUUAACUAUUAAAUACAAAUGGGAGCUGAAUGGCUCACUGAAGGUAUUUGAGGAACUGUUACUGGACACAGAGAAACUAUUAGAGAAGACAGAGAGUGUGAUUGGUAGAACAACGGAAAAUAAGAAGGAAGCAGAGAACCACAUGGAUGAACACUAAUGUGAAGCUGAAGGAGGUAGCAUCACACUGAAUUCUCAGGUUUAAGAUGUCUAUAUAUAUAAACAAGAAUAAACACAAAGCAACAAGACUGACAUAAAUCAACUAAUAAUUAUUCUAUUAUUUAGUAAAAGCAGUCACCUGCUUUCAGUUUCUUAUUUUGAAUUUUUUACCUUUUUUAACUUGUCUAUUCUGAAAUUACUCUACCAUAUUAUAGCAAUAAAAUGUCCCAUAAUCCCUCAUUGUAUCACAGCAGUACAGAUUAACAGUGCCCUCUGGAGUUUUCCUGCAAACAAACAACAUUCAGUGUUACACUUUUGUGCUUAAACAAACAUGUUGAACUUUAUUAUAUAUUUACUUUAUCAAUGUUACUAGCAUAUGAUGCUAUUCUUCCUUGGUUUAGAUCGAUAUGAGAACUAAAAUGGAGAAAAAAGGUUGUGGCAGUACACAUAGUAGAGCAUAAGCGCACAAUUUUCACUUGGGGAACUUCAGUUUCCUGUUUUGCAUAUAAUAAAAUAACCUUUACAUAUAUAUAUAUACAUAACUACAUACAUAACUAUGAAUAUUGGAACAGAAACAGACGCACGUUCAGCACUGCUUUUUCUACAUCAGUCUUUCCAGCUGUGUUUUUCCAUGUGAUUAACUAAUCGGGGGUUAAUCCCCUCUUCUCUUCCCCUUUCAUUAUAGAAAAGGCCACAGACUACAUGUACCAGAGCAAAAGCAAUACCUUAUUGGUCAUAGAUUCUUUAUUUCUGGGAUUUUAUAUUUUGCCUUGUUGCUUUUUGGAAUGUUUCCGACCAUGUAAGGCAUUGUGUAACUUUGUAUUGAGAAGUGCUGUAUAUAUAUUAUUAUUAUUAAAACAUAUCUUAUAUAUAAAUUAAGGUCAAUGCUAUCAUUGUUGAA